UCCUCCGCCUCUCCUCCUCUCCUCCUCUUUCUCUCCUCUUGAGGGUGAAAACACCAUCGCUCAUUCCGGGCCGUGACAUUUUCCAGCUUGUCGCCGUAUGCUGCUGCGCGGACAGCGAGCGCAGAGAGCCAAAAAGCAGGAGAGAGCAGGCGGGGGGAGGACGCCGCUAAGAGAAGCACCGAGCAUCAUCCCUCAGCCACCCGGAGCGAGAGGCGCACCAAGCGGAGGCGAGGCGCUGCAGGAAGCCGCUUCUCCCCUUUCACCUCCCCGGAAUCCCACGCCGGACACGGCCCGAACCGGACUGGAUAUUUACGUCUCGGAGCCCGGAGACAGAGAGGAAGGGAGGGGGGAAGGAUCGCUGGAGCACAGCCGAGCAGCGCAUCAUCCUCUCCGGUGUAGGUCUGGCUGUCGAGUCGCAUGGAGAAAAGGUAUGAAGAGCUGGUGCACUACUCAGGGUCGGAGGGCAUGCCGGUGGGGGGCUACGGGGACGACGUCAGGGCGCUUCCUCCGCCGCAGUACGGCCCCACCAUCCCUGACUCCCUUAAACACCACAAGGACCAGAUCUAUGGUGUUUGAGAAGUGUGAGCUGGCCACCUGCUCCCCUCGGGACUCCUCCUCCUCCCUCUCAGCCACCUCCCACCUCCCCGGCAUGGCCAACCACAGCGACGUCUGCUCCUCCGAGUCCUUCAACGACGACAUCGCCGCCUUCGCCAAGCAGAUUCGCUCUGAGAAGCCAAUUUUUUCUUCCAAUCCUGAGCUGGACAACUUGAUGAUCCAGGCCAUACAGGUUCUUCGCUUUCAUUUACUGGAGCUAGAGAAGGUGCAUGACCUGUGUGAUAACUUCUGCCAUCGCUACAUCACCUGCCUGAAGGGAAAGAUGCCCACUGACCUGGUGCUGGAUGAGCGGGAGGGCGGCUCCAAGUCGGACAUGGAGGACUUUGGUGGCUCCUGCACCAGUUUGUCAGAACAGAAUGCAUCGUGGUUACGGGAGCCAGAUGAAUGUGCCACUACGCCUCUAGGAACACCAGGCACCUGUGGGCUGCCUUCACACAGCACAGGGGACAACUGCAGCGACGCAGGAGACGGCCUCGAUGGGGGAGUGGCCUCCCCCAGCACGGGGGAGGAGGACGAGAGCGACCGGGACAGGAGGAACAACAAGAAGAGGGGCAUCUUCCCCAAAGUGGCCACAAACAUCAUGAGAGCGUGGCUCUUCCAGCACCUGUCGCACCCAUACCCGUCGGAGGAGCAGAAGAAGCAGCUGUCGCAGGACACGGGGCUGACUAUCUUGCAGGUCAACAACUGGUUCAUCAACGCCCGAAGGAGAAUAGUUCAGCCGAUGAUUGACCAGUCAAACCGCUCAGGUCAGGGUGGUCCCUACAGUCCGGAGGGAGCUGCACUGGGAGGCUACGGCCUCGACGGACAGGCCCAUCUGGGGCUUCGGACGGCAGGUCUACCUGGAAUGUCCUCUCUUCAGGGCGAGUACCCCGCCGCUCUGCUCUCCCAGCCGGGCUACCCCCCCCACCCGGGAACGUCCCUCCACUCGUACCCCGGCCCGCACCCACACCCCGCCAUGCUGCUCCACCCGCCGCCGCAUGCACACCCCGCGGAGCCGCUCAUCGCCCAAGGACUGGACAUACAUGCACACUAGCUGUCUGGGGAGCAGAGCGUGUGUGUGCAUGUGUGCGUGAAAGAGUUACUGUAUGAAUGUGAGUGUGUGGAGUGUGUGUGUAAUGGCUGAUCCAGUACCCUAUUUAAAGACAAACUGCUCCAAAAGUUUACAUUCCUCACUGAGAGACACUGACCUUAAUGUAGCUGAUCGACUGACAAAAACACACACACACGUAAACAUUUCACCGACACACUCCUGAGUCUAGACCCACAGGUUUAAGCCAUACCUCUCUAAGUAGAAGUGCUUCCUCCUCUUCAAAUGUCUCCACUGUGUCCUGUGGGUGAGACACAUGCUUUAAACUACACUUCCCAUCAUGCCUCCUUAACCACAGGACGACCGGCUCAGAAACACAACCACCUGGAUGUUACUGGACGGGACUCGAUCCUGCGAGUCGAACCUUCCUCACAGUCUUCCUACACACACUGACUGUCAGAAACACACACACACACACACACACACACACACACACACACGCACACACACACGCACACAUACACACACACACUUUAUUUAAAGCUUUCUUUUUAGUUUUUUAUAUUUUUAUAUUUAUGUGUGCCACUCCAGGCAGAUGCAGCUUCAUGUGAGCUUGUUGAAAUGUUAGUGCUCUUCCUCAGCAUGAAGCUAAACACUCUGAAUGACUUCCAGUCUGCCUCGCUCUCGCACCACUGACCUCCUUAAGGCGCCAGCAGCCGUUCGUUAGAAGCUUUCCUCCAACUCACUGAUAGACGAAGCAACAGACGCGACACAGAAAGCCAUUCUAACACACAACACAUGAACACACGCACCCCGCCCCCCACACACGCACACACACACACACACACACACACACAYACACGCACACACACACACGCACACACACACGAACACGCACACACACACACACACACACACACACAUACACACAUAUACAGAAGGACUUCUGCAAGAAUUUCUAGUCCACUGUUAACUGUCACAGCUGUGUGAGAGGGAAGCUGCAGCCAAAGGACUCUUCAGACAUUCGGCUCCUUCUCCGCUCUUGCUUGGACCGCUGAAGAAUUUCUGAACGAUGAUGAUGGUGAAAAAAAACUUAAAGUAUUAAAAUGUUUUUUGUAAGCCUUG